UAUAAAGUAAAUCCGAUUCACAAUAAAAAUUUUAGCAAGUAUUAUAUCAACUGCCAAUAUAUAUUAUUAUAUUUAUCUCACACCAUUUUUCUCACUGUCACAAAAAUUUCAGACCCGUCCGUACACACAUACAUACAAAAUCUGUAUCUAUAACUCCUCCCAAAUCGCCGCCACCACCGCCGCCGGAAAUGGAUAGCGCCGCCGGUUCGAUGAAAUCGAGGUUGACUCCGUACGUUUUCGCCUGUUGGAUUCUCGCCGCCUUUGGAGGCCUUAUGUUCGGCUAUGACAUUGGAAUUUCAGGUGGGGUAACGGGAAUGGACGAUUUCUUACAGAAGUUUUUUCCGCAUAUUUUGGAGAGGAAAAAACAUGCGAAUGAAAAUAAUUAUUGCCGAUACGAUGAUCAGUUAUUACAGCUGUUCACUUCGUCUCUAUACAUCGCGGCUCUCGUCGCGAGUUUUUUCGCUUCCGGCGCCUGCACGGCGUUCGGAAGGAAACCUACGAUUCUUACAGCCGCCGUGUUCUUUGUCUGCGGCGCCGCCCUUUGCGGCUUCGGACAAGCCCUCUGGAUGCUCAUCAUCGGCCGGAUUCUCUUCGGCUUCGGCGUCGGCUUUGGAAAUGAGGCUGUCCCGUUAUUCUUGUCGGAGAUAGCGCCGGUACAUCAACGAGGCGCCGUAAACAUCCUCUUCCAACUCUUCGUAACGAUCGGGAUUUUAAUCGCAAACCUCAUAAACUUCGUGACGGCGAAGAUCCAUCCCAACGGUUGGAGGAUUUCGUUAGGCCUCGCGGCCGUUCCCGGAACGAUUCUUCUAAUCGGCUCCUUGAUCAUAACCGAAACGCCGCCGAGCCUCGUCCAAAGGAAUAAAAUGGACCAAGGAAAAAGCGCGCUGAAAAAAAUUCGUGGGGUCGAGAACGUCGACUUUGAAUUUCGACAAAUCGUCGAGUCGUGCGAGCAAGCCCGACAGGUCAAGGACCCUUUUCGGAAAUUGUUCCGAAAAUCGGGUGUCCCGCCUUUGAUCAUAUCAAACGUUAUCCAAAUAUUUCAACAGCUUACCGGAAUCAAUGCUAUUAUGUUCUACGCCCCUGUCUUGUUUCAGACACUCGGGUUUCACUCCGACGCCUCGCUGCUGUCGUCGGUUAUUACCGGGUUGGUUAAUGUCGGAUCGACUUUCGUCUCAAUUUUUACUGUGGAUAAAAUUGGGAGAAGGUUGCUUCUUCUUGAGGCUUGCAUUCAAAUGUUGAUCUCUCAGGUUGCGAUUGGAGCUAUCCUCCACGUACAUUUAAAGGACACGGGGUCGUUAAACAAGGGGUGGGCACUGAUCGUGGUCGUAUUGGUUUGUUCAUUUGUUAUGUCGUUCGCGUGGUCUUGGGGGCCGAUGGGGUGGCUAAUCCCGAGCGAGAUUUUCCCCGUCGAGACAAAGACGGCGGGAUUUGCAUUUGCCGUCAGCACCAACAUGAUCUUCACUUUCUUGAUCGCACAGGCGUUUUUGUCGAUGAUGUGUCAUCUCAAAGCUAAUAUUUUCUUUUUCUUUUCGGCGUGGAUCGUGAUAAUGGGCCUCUUUGUUUUGUUCCUACUUCCCGAGACGAAAGAUGUCCCGACGAACGAGAUCGAGGAAAGGAUUUGGAAGCCCCAUCCUCUUUGGAGAAAGUUCUUUUGAUGUAAUGAAAUUUGGGCUUAAGAUGUUCUUAUCUUUGUACUUCUGGUUGAUUGUCUUAAUAUUGUUUUCGUGUUUUGGAUUGUGUUUGGAGAUUUUGAAACGGUUAUGAUUUUGUGAAAUAAGAUUUGUUAUGCGUA